GUGUGAACGGUUGUUUGUUUUCUGCAGUGCACUAUGUAUGCUGAAAAUUGUUUGAGAUGAUGGAGAGCGACUGGGCGCGGUCGGAGGCGAGUUUUAUAGCGCAAAUCUUCUCAACCCGCUGCUCGGCCAGAAGGAGACAGGCGUACGUCCCGCUCGUCCCAGAGGAUUUCUCGGCGAGCAACUUGUCCCUGCUGGUCAUGGAAGGCUCUGUUGACAGCGAGCAACUUCAAUACAAGGUAUCCUCGCCCCCCGGGCUGGAUCAACCAUCAUAG